AUGCAAAUUGUGACCACUCGGUUUUGGUUAACCGACUUUGUCAGUAAUAAAGGCGAGCACACGCUGAACGGUGACCACUCCGACGCCCACCAGAGCACCUUCUCGCACAGCAGUAAAGAGGGCUCGCCCUCUAAGGAGGUCUCCACCGAGGACUCGCCCAAGAAGGACAAGAAGAAGAAGAAAGGCCUCCGGACGCCGUCCUUCCUCAAGAAGAAGAAGGAAAAGAAGAAGGAGAAAUCGAGCACGCCGCAGCCCGCC